AGCUGAGAGUGUGUGGUAAACAGACGAGAGGAGGCAGUGACUGCACACAGCUCAACCUCCUUUACUCUCACAUCUGGAAAUAACCUGGACUCUCACACACACACACACACACACACUCACGGCCGAGCGGACUACCAACAUCUUGUCUCUUUGAACGUUGUGUUGUUUUUUUUCCUGAGCCUCGGGGGAGAGAGCGACAGGAUAAAGAAGAGGAGGACAGAAAGUGCUGGAUGUCUCGUGUUUGGGAUUUCACAGAGAGCUGAGCCAGUCCUUCCAAAAUCCUCCCACUGCUGAAAAUAAACAGAAAAGAGGAAUUUCUCUGCGCAAAUUAGCUGGAGAAAAAGGCACUGGGAGCCACAGAACAGUGCGGAUGUGUGGUUACAGCUGCCAUUGCCUCCAUGUGAAGUGAAGCGGACAGGGUGCUGACUUCUCUGAAAACCCGAUCCGCGGCUCGGGGCGGGCUGUGGGCGGCAGACAGCUGGGGCCAUGAUUCACAAAACCCCACUUGGCAUGAAAAGAAAGAGAUGCUACAACUGAGAAGAGGCUCCUCUGCCACGAUAGGAGCUGAAAGAUAAUGAGUUGCGUGUGAACGAGGAGUCCAAGGCAGAGAUCCGGCGGUUCAAACAGGACGAUCUGGAGAUAAGUCAUCAACAAAUUCAGGAUCUUACACCCAGCAAAGAAUUCUGCUUGUGCUGGAGGUACAAAGGUACCAAGAGGUGAGAGGAAGUCCUGCUGAACGCUCUGCACGGCUGGUUUUACUAUGUUUUCUCUGGCUGGAAUAAGAGAGAGAUUAUUCUUGAUACUUCAGCGUACCUGCACCUCCUCCCUUUUCCACCUGGAUCAGUUUUAAAGCCACUACGCUUUUUAUCUAUCGCCCUCUUGCUUGUCUUGUAACCUGCUCCCCAAAUAUUUCUCUUUUUUCUUUACUGCCCUGAGGCAAGAGCAAAGAGAGCUGGAUUUCGGCUGCCUACUUCCACCCUGCUAAACACAAAUUAGGGAGCACAGGGAAUCUGUUAGUUUACAGCGACGCACUCGGGUCUGCAGCUCGGUAACUGUGCUGUUUUUAUGCAGCCACCUUUCUUUUCUCCUUUUUUUUUUUUUUCUCUCUCUCCAGAUGGCUCCCGUGCUGGCAGGUGGAUGCAGAUGUAAUCGCCUCAUCCAACAUUAACCGGGUUAGACAAAAUAAACAAUCACGCCGGGGCGCAAGCUUGCGAGCUCGCAUUACAGCGACGUUUUGUUUGUGCAAAUGAGGUUUCUGUCUUAGUUGUGUCUUGAAAAUGAUAAGAGACUGAGGGAGAGGGAUUUAAACAUUUACAGCGGCAGACUUGCCUGCAGCGGGAACAUAAGCAGAAGAGAAGAUUUUACUUCCACAUGUAAAGAGACUGGUGCAAGAUAAAAAUGAAAAACAAGUCUAUUCAGCCUCAUGCGUUAGUUUGUCAGGACUCUAUUUAGGUGAAGUGCAAAUGACUUCAAAAUGAGAUAAAUCACAGAGUAUGAAGGAUGUGAAAAAUAAACUAAAAAAGCACUUAGACCGGUCGCUCUAAAGGGGAAAAGUCACCGAGAAAUAAGCUGGGUCACAACGAGGAAACAGCACCAUGCUGUAUGUUGGUGGUAACGCUGGUUUUCUGCAGGGUGUGGUGGCACCAGCCGUUACAGCAGCACAGCCGUCAUGGUGGUCUGUUGUUGUGCUGUUAGUCUGUCUGCAGCUCCCCCAGCUGAGCCCCGUCCAGGCCACCAUCUGCCUGUCUCAGGGUCCGUCCCAGGCACGCGGAUGCCUCUGUGCCUCGGACAUCCUCAGCUGCACCGCCCUGGGUCUGGAGCAGGUCCCCAGAGACAUGCCCGCCUCUGCUGUCACUCUGGAUCUCAGCCACAACCGGAUCGAUCAGUUAAAGGGGGGCGCCUUUGAAGGACUUUCUCGAUUGGAGACGCUACGGUUAGCGCACAACCAGCUGACGACCAUUCACCUGGGGGCAUUUCAAAACACCUCCGGGGCGCUGCUCCGACACCUGGACCUGUCGUCCAAUCAGCUUCGUGUUUUGGAGCAGCACUAUUUCCAAGAGCUGUCUGGAUUGGAAGAACUGCUGCUGUUUAACAACCGCAUUGUCCAGGUGGAGAGCAGAGCUCUGGCUGGACUGGGAAACCUCCGCAAGGCCUACCUCAGUCAUAACCGUCUCACUCACUUCCCCUUCUUCUCCAUCCAAGAGCACAGCCACCCUCACCUGACCAUGCUGGACCUGUCCUCAAACCGUCUGCUCAAACUACCCCUGGAGGACAUAUCAAACUUACCCAUUCCAGUCCAGAAGGGACUCUACCUUCACAACAACUCCCUGGAGUGCGAGUGCUCGAUGUACGGACUGUUCAGGCGCUGGGAGCAGAGAGGAUACGCCUCAGUGAGACACUUCAGACAAGAGCACACCUGUCGGGUCUAUGGGAUACAGAAAGGUACCGUGCGCUUCUUCCAGCAUGACCGCUACUUUGAAAAAUGCAACCUGACUGCAAUGAGUCAGCCGCUCAGAGAGCAGGAGAGCAGCGUCUCAGUGAGGGCGGGAAAGGCGGUGCUGCUGCACUGUGUGACCGCUCUCACCGGCCAGAGCGUGACUUUUCUCUGGGUGUCACCGAAUCAGGAGUACGUGGCACCACCGGGGAACAACGGAUCGUUGAAGAUGUUCGCCAACGGGAGCCUGGAGAUCGUGGCAGCGCGCGCAGAGGAUUCUGGCGUCUACUGGUGUAUGGCUCUGGACCAGCAGCGGCAGCGUAAUGAAACCCGCGAGGUCAACGUGACGGUGGUGCUGCACCAUGACAGCGAGCCUCACGAGCCCUUCAACACCGGAUUCACCACCCUGCUGGGCUGUGUGGUGAGCCUGCUGCUGGUCCUCAUGUACCUCUACCUGACGCCCUGCCGCUGCCCUCCCUGUCCGAAGGCCCCGACCCCCGCCACGCCAGGCAUGGGGAACGAAGCUGGGGCGGGGAGCGCCCAGUCCUCCAUCCUUACCCCCACCCCGCCGGCGACCACCGAGGGCCCGGGCCGCAAGGUCAGUACCAACAAGCAUGUGGUCUUUCUGGAGCCAAUCAGAGAGCAGCAGAACGGCAGACUCAGGGUGGGGCCGGGAGCUGGGGCGGUGAAAGGACAUCUGGGGCCAGGUUUACUGCUAGGGCCAGAGCAGCACCCAAAGCUCCACAGCCAGUCGCAGCAGAGGGCUGGGGAGACAGACUCCAUCAUGUCCGUGUUCUCAGACACGCCCAUCAUGUUGCCGUAGAAACGGGACUAACAGAGACAGACACAGACUGGCACUAUCAUCACCUCUCACUCACUUCCUCCCUCCUCCGCCCCCUGGUUUCCUCCUCACCACCUCCCACUGCACCCAGCACUCGACCUGAGCAAAACAGUAAGCUAGUACUGACUAAGAGCUUUUCACGUGUAUCCUUUCUUUGAGAGGCUUGAGCUCAUCCAGCUGCCUGAGAAAACAGAUCAAGUGCAAUUUCAAGAGAUUGAAUACUGUAACCAAAUUUGCAUACAUUAUUGUUUGCCCAGGUCCGCCCACUAAGCCCCUCAGCCACGAACCAGCGCACUGUGAUGGGACGGGCGCUCAGGCGUACAGGGUAGGGACGGUGCUCACGGACAAGACGCAGGCAGGACAGCGCAACUUUCGAAAUCAAACAGACCAAAGACAGAAAGAUUAAGGACUGGGAGGGGAGCUGCGAAUGAGUGAGCAAGCUAUGUUUGAGAUGAAGUGAAAAGACAAAGAGUGCAAAGAGAAACAAAAAAAAGGACGUCAGGGAUGGGGGAGGUGAAGACCACGAUGAGCAUGGACUGCUACGGAAAACCAAGUGCAGGGGGCGAUCCCGUUAUGCACGGCUUGUACCUUUAACAAACAUUUGCUACAGAUGCCUUCUAGUCUCGUAUAGAGAUGUAGGGAGAAAAAUAUCUUUUUGUAGAGCUUUAUAGUGUCUCUGCUUUUUGGUUUUUUUUAAUUUAUUCUUUUCCAGAGCCAGUGUGUCAGUUGAUUGGAGCCAAACAAAUCUGCAUAGCGUAGCGCUGUCACAAUGUGAAAUGUUUUAGAGUAGACAAGCUAGAGAAGAAGAGCUUUUAGCAAGUAAAAAUAGAAGCUGUUUUAGAGGAUGAGGUUUGAUUCUAGGCUCCUGUACCCCUCCUCCUCCUCCUCCUCCCCUGGAACCUGAUUACUGUCAUCAGUCAGAACAGAAGUUGAGCAUCAGGAAAACAAAGGGGAAAUGAAAAAAAAUAAAUACAUAAAUAAACCUCCAAAACAUCAGCUGAAAUUAUUUAUGCUGGAGAGGUAGAGCCAUUAUUCGGUGAGUUCAUUAAGAGACGGGGGAACUUUGUGAAAAGGUUUAUCUAUUGGCUUUUUUAUUUCUCAUUAUGUUUUGGAUGAUAAAUGUGAAAAUGAAUCGCUGACAAAGGAGAGAUUUGCCUUUGUCUGGUGAACGUUCAGCGGGAUUGACAGGGCGAUCGGGGCAGACGUGCUUUUUGACUUUAUUGUCUUCACUGUAUUCACUGCAUCUUCCCCUCCUCGCACUGCCUCUCUCCCCUCGUCUCUUGUCCUCCCUUUAUCUGUGUGUUAAUAAACCUCUGUAUCUGGACCGUGCAGGAGAAUGUCUGCCUUGUUAUUGUUA